AUGAAAGAUAUUAAUCAAAUCAACAUAUCAAAGAAUUGUACAAUUACAAUAGAUGAAGAUAGUAAUAUUCAACAAAAGAUACUUGUAGAACGUGGUGUUCAUGUUAUUUUAAUGAGAAAUAGUAUUAUUAGAAAUGAAAUGAUUAUUGAAAGAGAUAGUAUAGUAGAAAUUCCACAAAUAGAAAUUAAACAAAGUAAAGUUAUUGUUAAAGGAACAUUAGAAGUUCAAGGAAAUGUUAUUAUUGAAGAGAAUUCUACACUUGAAAUUAACAAUAAUGGAUAUUUUAAUGUUAAACAAGGAAGAGUUAUGUUAAAAUCAAAUGGUUUAUUUAUUAAUGGAAAUGAGAGUGAAGUACUUAUUUUUGACAGUCUAAUAGGAUAUGAAAAUUCAUCAAUUCUUUUUAAAGAAGGAAGUCAUUUAGUUGUUAACAAUCAAAUUGAAUUAUAUGAUAAUACUAUACUUACAAUAGAAAAAGAAUGUAUUAUUCAAAUUAAUGGAUAUUUUGUUAAUGUAUUUAAUAAUGGACAAAUUCAUAUUGGUUCAUUGAGUUUAUUUGAAUGUCAGAAUCUUUAUGUUUAUGGUACUUCUAUUAUUUCUAUUGAAGAUAACGUUAAAUUAAUAACUAAUAACAUUUAUGUAUUUCAAACACCUCACUUAGAUAUUAAGAAUAAUGUUUAUAUUAAUGUUAAGAAAUACAUCUCAUCAUAUUCAAAGGCUGUCAUUGAAAUAGGAAAUAAUAGUAUUGUUAAUGCAUCAAGUAUAUUUUUGUUAUAUAACACAACAUUAAAUACUGGAGAAUCAACAAUACUAUCAUCUAAUUCCUUUGAAUUAAGUGGAGAUUCAUUACUGAAUAUUGGAAAGAAUACUACAAUUACUGUUUCAGGUAAGAAAUUAUCAAAAGAAUGUUUAAAUACCAAUUCACAUGAUUUUUGUUAUUCUCUUUCUAUCAAAGGUAAAUCAACUAUUAUUGUUGAUAACAAUUAUCAAUUUAAUCCAAUAUUCAAUAUUCAAUUUGGUAGAGUUAAUCAAUGGAAUACAACAAAUAUUAUUUUAAUGAAUUCUAUUGAACGAUGUGUUGAUUUAUAUAGUUUUAAGGAGAGUUAUAACUUUAUUAAUGAAGUUGAGAAAGAAGAAUAUCACUUAAUGUGCAAUAAGAAAUUAGGAAGGUAUUGCAUUGGAUUGAUUGAUAAUCAUAUUGAAUGUAAUCAAAACAAAUAUCAUUGUCCUUGUGAUGAAACAAUCAAAGAGGAACUUUAA